UGUGACAAUUGCAUUUCUAUCUCUCUCUCUCUCUCUCUCUCUCUCUUUUAAUUGCGGUAGAAAGAAACCACAAAAGUAGCUUUGUAUUCUCUCAACUUGUUCACUCCUACAUUUUUAUCUUUCUAAACAAUGGAAAGUGGACUUCCAAUGCUCAACUGUCUUUUGCAGCAAACACUCAGAAGCCUAUGUUCAUUUUCAGAUUCUUCUACUAAUUCUUCUAAAUGGGUAUAUGCAGUCUUUUGGAGGAUUCUGCCCAGAAAUUAUCCCCCACCCAAGUGGGAUCAUGUUGGAGGUACACUUGAUCGUUCUAAAGGAAACAAAAGGAACUGGAUUCUAGUUUGGGAAGAUGGAUUUUGUGAUUUUCAAGAAUGUGAAAGAGCUGGAAGUGGAUACAUCAAGGGAAGCUUUGGAGCUGAUAUCUUUUUCAAAAUGUCACAUGAGGUCUACAAUUAUGGAGAAGGAUUGGUGGGUAAAGUUGCAGCUGAUAAUGGUCAUAAAUGGGUUUUUGGAGAUCGCCUCAAUGAAAAUGAUCCUACUUUCAUUUCCUCUUGGAAUGUAUCCAUUGAUCCACAACCAAGAGCAUGGGAGAUUCAAUUCAAUUCAGGCAUUCAGACUAUUGCAAUUAUAUCUGUCAGAGAAGGGAUAAUUCAGCUGGGCUCAUUCGACAUGGUUGCCGAAGAUCUUAACCUAGUAAUAAGCAUACAGAGGAAAUUCAACUACCUCCAGAGCAUACCGAGCAUAUACGCAAUACAAAGACCGUGUUUACCUGUCCAACACCCAUACAACUAUAAGCCGACCAACAAUCUUGUCGAAAUGAUUGAAAUGGAAUAUGGGAACGAGAAAAAACAUCAGAUGAUUGGAUCGAAAAGAAAAACUUGUGAAGAACUGACAAAUUAUUGUUCCCCAAUCAAGUCAAUCAACUUAGGGUACCAUAGCCCACAAAAUGGCAUUGCUGCAGCACAAUCCUUUUUGUCCAAUAUUCCUACUCUUUUGCCUUCAAUGCCAUGGCAGCAGCAAUUCAAUACAUUCCACAACAUCAAGGAUGAUGACUGUGCAGGAUUUACUGCCGUUCAAAUGAUCAAGGUAGAGUCAUCUCAAGAAGAGAAUCAAAAUCCCAUAAACUAUAGACUACAAUUUGAGGAUCAUUAGGAUUUGUACUUUCUAGAGAAGCAGCGAGUGUAUGUAGGCUUUUGUUGGUUGGUAGCUUUAUCAUGUAUAACUGUUAAAUAUAUAUUGUUUUACUAAUUCCUUCACCUCGUCUAUACAAAUUACACACAUCAUUCUGUUGGAAA